AUGAAGUUACGGGUAGCAGUGAUCGGGGGUGGAGCCGCCGGGCUUUGCGCCCUGAGGCUUCUGUCAGCAUGUGGGGAGAGGUUUGAGCCCGUGGGUUUUGAGCAGCUGAACGGGAUCGGGGGCACCUGGCGGUACACGGACCAUAAAGGCACCAUGGCGAAUGGAAUAUCAGUACAUUCCAGCAUGUACAAAAACCUCAAGACAAACAUACCGAAGGAAGUGAUGGCGUUUCCAGGGUUCCCGUUUCCACGGAAUCUACCUUCCUUUGUCAGACAUGAGGAUGUUCUUCAGUACCUCGAGGAUUAUUAUCAACAUUAUGGCCAGUACAAGUACUUAAAAUUGAGGACCAAGGUCGAUCUGGUGGAGCCUGUUACAGAAGGAGCGAAGACUCAGUGGAGUGUAACCUACAGCUCUGAGAACCAUACACAAACUGGGCAGUUUGAUGCAGUCAUAGUCUGUAACGGCCAUUAUUCAGUUCCGCUGGUUGCGCACAUGAAAGGUGAGGAGAGUUUUAAGGGGGAAAUAACCCACAGUCAUGACUACCGGGUACCAGACGUGUACAAGGACAAGGUUGUCGUCUGUCUCGGGGCCGCAGCCUCCGGACAGGAUGUCAGCCUUGACAUUGCUACUUCAGCAAAAAAGGUGAUUCUUAGCCACAAUAAACCUAGUCUCGAAACUGUGUUACCAAGCAACGUGUGUCAGCAGACUGGUAUUGCUCGCCUCACAGAGAAAACUGCUGUGUUUACAAACGGAAAAGAGGAACCAGUCGAUGUCAUCAUGCUGUGCACUGGCUACAGAUACAGUUUCCCAUUUCUGUCUCCAAACUGUGCGUUGAAUAUAGAGGAUGAGAGGGUAACUCCCCUGUACAAACACAUUAUUCACACAAGGUAUCCAACCCUGUCAUUUAUCGGCAUCUGUAAGACGAUCUGCCCGUUUCCCCAGUUCCAGAACCAGUUAAAGUUUGUUUUGGCGACGCUGGAUGGUUCCCUAUCUCUACCAAGCGAGGCGGAGAUGGAGACGGACACGGAGGAGGACUUCCGGGCCCGCUUGAUGGAGGGGCUUCCUGUCCGUCAUGCCCACCUCAUGGGGCCCCGACAAUGGGCCUACAACGACAUGCUUGCACACAUGGGCGGUUUCGAGGCGAUCCCGCCAGCUAUACAGAAUCUGUAUGAUGAAGUUCACAGGGUCAGAGUGACCGACCUGCCAGGAUACAAGCGGAAGCAGUAUAGACUGACAGGGGAGGAUUCAUUUGAAGAAAUUGAGCUCACUGAAAGCCAUGCAAUGAUGAAGCUCCGGGUGGCAGUGAUAGGAGGUGGAGCUGCAGGGCUGUGUGCCCUGAGGCAUCUGUCUGCAUGUGGGGAGAGGUUUGACCCUGUUGGCUUCGAGCAGCUGGAUGGGGUUGGGGGCACCUGGCGGUAUACGGACCACAUUGGCACAAUGGAGAAUGGUAUACCCGUACAGUCCAGCAUGUACAGAAACCUCAAGACAAAUUUACCGAAGGAAGUGAUGGCGUUUCCAGGGUUCCCGUUCCCACAGAAUCUACCCUCAUUUGUUAAACAUGAGGAUGUUCUCCAGUACCUCACUGAUUACUACCAACAUUACGACCUGCACAAGUACUUAAAAUUAAAUACUAGGGUUGACCUGGUGGAGCCAGUCAAGGCAGGAACCAGGACUGAGUGGAGUGUAACCUACAGCUCAGAAAACCAGUCACAGACUGGACAGUUUGAUGCCGUCAUUGUCUGUAAUGGCCAUUAUGCAGUUCCGCUGGUGCCGCACCUGGAAGGCGAGAAGAGUUUUCAGGGGGAAAUAACCCACAGUCACGACUACCGGGUACCAGACGUGUACAAGGACAAGGUUGUCGUCUGUCUCGGGGCCGCAGCCUCUGGACAGGAUGUUAGCCUUGACAUUGCCACUGUGGCAAACAAGGUGAUCAUCAGUCACAAUAAACCUAGUCUCAAAACUGUGUUACCAAGCAACGUGUGUCAGCAGACUGGUAUUGAUCGCCUCACAGAGAAGACUGCUGUAUUUACAAACGGAAAAGAGGAACCAGUCGAUGUCAUCAUGCUGUGUACUGGCUACAGAUACAGUUUCCCAUUUCUGUCUCCAAACUGUGCAGUGAAUAUAGAGGAUGAGAGGGUAACUCCCCUGUACAAGCACAUUAUUCACACCAGGUAUCCAACCCUGUCAUUUAUCGGCAUCUGUAAGACGAUCUGCCCAUUUCCCCAAUUUGAGAACCAGGUUAGAUUCGUGUUAUCGAUGUUGGAUGGUUCCAUGCCCCUCCCUAACCAAACAGAGAUGGAGAGGGACACAGAGAAGGACUUCCAGGCCCGGCUUGCAGAGGGGCUUCCCACCCGCCAUGCACACUCCAUGGGGCCGCGACAAUGGGCCUACAACGACAUGCUUGCACACAUGGGCGGUUUCGAGGUGAUCCCGCCAGCUGUACAGAAUCUGUAUGAUGAAGUUCACAGGGUCAGAGUGACCAAUUUGCCAGGAUAUAAGCGGAAGCAGUAUAGACUGACGGGGGAGGAUUCAUUCCAAGAAAAUGAGUGCAUUGGAAGCUAGCUAAUACCUUGGAUUAUUUGAUUGUUUGAUUAUUUAAAAGAUAUAUAUUCAAAAUUUGCAGUUUAUGUGAUAUUCCAGAAUAUAAAUACUGUUAAUGUUAUUUUUUUCUGAAACACCGAAUCUUACAUUAUGAACUUCAGUUUAGUGUGUGCCUUUGAGCUUAGUGUAAGAAGUCGAUUUCAUUCAAACGUUUGGAACCCUGCAUGUCAUUGUAAUUGUUCUGAAUGUCUACUUUGUCUUGAAAAUAUAUAUAUUGCAUUAUAUAAGUAAGAAGUUUAUGGGAAAGACUGUUCAUGGUUCAUAAAGAGCAUAAUAAUACAAAUAUAAGCUAUUUAAUAGUAUAAUAAUUAAAUUAAUUAAGUUAUCUAUUAAUGGAUACAGAACUAGCCUUUAAAGUAGCUUAAGAAAAAUAUUUUAUGAUUUUUGCUUAUAUUUAUUUUAAUCAAAACACUUUUGAUACCUAUAAUUUAUUUUGAUUAUAAAACAUUUAUCUGGACAAUAUAACCAGAUAUUGUUUAACAAUUCAUGCACUUAAUCAUUAAAAACGAAAUUUAUUACGUACUUAAAUAUGUUAAACAUUAGGAACUAUGUUGAUUGCUCGGCAGAUACAAAUUUAUGUAAUGAAAUAUACUAAACAACACUUUUGUUGUAUUUUAGGAAUAGAGAUUUCAUUUAUCAAUCUGAAACAUUUCCAAUUAUUGGAAAAGUAUAAAUUCCUCACCAUGGACUUAAUUAAAGGAUAUAAUUAAAUUUGUGCUAAAUUUAUCUCCUUUUCAAUCAACAGAAUUUUCCAUCUGUAUAUAACUGUUUAAUUAAAAAAUGUACAACCAAGCAAGAUUCAAAUACAAUUGUGUUUAAAUACAUUUAUACCUUUGAAAGCAUUAAAUUUGCUUUGAUAAAGUUUCUUUUUAGAUAACUGCAAGGUACCUCGUUUAGGUAAGAAAACCAUUGGCUCAAAGCCACUGGUUUGGGAAAAACACCUGUCUCAAUUUCUCGAAAUAUUUCUAGCUCAACAGGUUUAAGUAUCAUAUUUAAUUCAGCCAUUUUUUCUUGCUUAAAUUUAAUUCAUUUUACCAAUAACAGAUGAAUUGAAUUGAUUGCUUUAACAAAUAUAUCGCGCUUAGCUUGAUCAUGUCAUAAGGGGCUUUGAGUGCGGAAUUGAGAACCUAAACCUCCUGAUUUCCUGAAUUUGGAACAGUUUUAUUUACAGGAAGUUGUCAAUGACUCUGAUACGUUCAUAUAUAAAGUAAAUAUUUGAUAUGCAGAUGCAUAAACAUCAGUAAGGGAAGUUAUGUUUACUUACACGUUUGCUAUGUUGGUGAACACUGUCAUACAUAUUUGUGCUGCUAGUUAUGCCAGUUGCUUGUUACUUUAAGUAACUUUACACUAUAAUUCAUCCAUACCCAUAGUAAUAAAGUCAUUCAUUAAAACAGAACAUACAUACGUUACAAGUCUUAUCUGAAAUGUCAAUAUAAACCAUUUUUGACUACAGACCGCAAAGACUGAUAUUUUUAAGAUACGUUUGCUGCUCUUUGUUCAUCUUUUCAUGACGAAUAAAUUCUAAGCUGUUACUUUUUAGUUAUUUAUUAACUGUCUGUGAAUGCCUUAACUUACCCUGUGAUAAAUAAAUAUUUAAAAAAAAUGUUUGGCUUUGCAUGAUUAUAUUUGCAUGCAUGUCGUAUUUUAGCUGGCCUGAACACAGUGAGUUCGUGGUCGUCAAUCUUCCCAUCAGCGAUGUGUAUUUUCACACUCUUACAUCACAUUCUCCAAACAUUCUUUCCCCAACUUGGCCAGAAGGCGUGUAUCUAUUAUAUUCAAUCGAAACCCGUUAUUCCAAAUUCGUCGGGACAGCUAAAACUUACAUUCCCCAGAUCGGUUAGAAAGUUUGUCUUCUCGAAAUAGAAAAAUGCUUGAUAGAAAGGUCAUGUCCUGUCAAAAAUGUCACUUGUCCAAGGGCUUGAAAAACCUUGCUAACACUAUAGAAACCACAUUUUCCUUCCAAGUUAUCACGGAACUUUGUAAGAAUGUUGAUUGUGAUGAUUUCUAGCUCGGUUUGAAUUAUUUU